CUUCCCUAGAACUCGUUCGAAGUAAAUUUUCCUGAAGGUUGCAACCCGAGUGACCAUGGAGGGGAGGAGCCACAUAGCAAGUCUCCUCACUGGGUAUAUAAACCUCAGCAUCUCGCAGUCAACCCACUGAAGUUAAGUCUGUAUCUUCAACAUGAAAAUUUUGGCUCAGGUGUUGGCAGUGUUGGUGAUCGUCCUCAUAGGGACAGCUACGGCCAUGCCAGGCCCUGACGCCCUCGCUGAUCCUGACCCACAAUUUGGAAGAUUUGGUCAUGGCGGUGGAUUUGGUGGUGGAUUCGGACAUCGCGGUGGAUUCGGACAUCGCGGUGGAUUCGGACAUCGCGGUGGAUUCGGACAUCGCGGUGGAUUCGGACAUCACGGUGGAUUUAGAGGUUGAUUUGGUCAUGGCGAAUAACUAAAUCUUCACUUUCUUGCUAAUCACAUUUAACAUGAAGAAUCCUGCCACGGAAUAAAACACAGAAGUAUGAGUAAAUAGUGAACUUGCCAUAAUGAAAUAAGAACGAGACUUUGUCUGCUGGAAUGAUCACAAAAUACUGGAACUCACCCAAUACCUCAAACUCAACCUAUACUUCCCCAGACAACAGAAUGUUAAACUCUCCCGGCAUCUAUCAUGAGUGCGGCGCCUUGACUAUUUAACAUUUUUCUCCAUUAUUUUUGUUGAGUAGUGACCAACAUAUUUUUCUGUAAUUACCAACCAUUGGCAGAAUUUUUGAAAAAAAAUAAAUGUUUAUUUUAUUAA